AGAUCCCGUCGACAUAGUCGCCAUCUCGUUCCAGCGCCUUUCGCGCGCAUUUUUCGUUUCCCAAACAAACACUUGAACAGUAACAAGAAAAUGAGCCUGUGGGUGGAUAAACACCGACCCACUAACCUUUCGAAGCUCGACUACCACCAGGAACAGGCAGCCUAUUUAAAGAAACUGGUCCAUGGCGGCGACUUUUCGCACCUCCUUGUAUAUGGGCCGUCCGGAGCUGGAAAGAAGACGCGAAUUAUGUGCGUCCUGCGAGAGCUCUACGGCGCUGGAGUGGAGAGGCUGAGGAUCGAGCAUCAAAACUUUGUUACGCCGUCCAAAAAGAAGAUAGAGAUUGUCACCGUUGCCAGCAACUACCACAUUGAGGUGAAUCCGAGUGAGGCCGGUAUCCACGACAGAGUUGUGAUUCAAGAGUUGCUGAAAACGGUUGCGCAGACCCAGCAGCUCGAGAGCAAUGCCCAGAGGGAGUUUAAAGUGGUGAUACUGACAGAAGUGGACAAGCUUACUAAGGAUGCCCAGCAUGCCCUUCGACGCACCAUGGAGAAGUACAUGGCAACCUGCCGGCUGGUCCUGUGCUGUAACUCCUGUAGCAAAGUGAUUCCGGCCAUAAGGAGCAGAUGCCUGGCGAUUAGGGUGGCUGCGCCCUCUGUAGACGAGGUUAUUACAGUACUGAACCUUGUGGCACGAAAAGAAGGCAUCACUCUUCCUGACACCCUUGCCCAGGCUAUUGCAGCGCAAAGUCAUCGCAACCUUAGGAGAGCUGUGCUAAUGCUCGAAGCGUGUCGAGCGCAGCAGUAUCCAUUCUCAGAUAACCAAAAGGUACGGCAGCCCGACUGGGAGCUGUAUCUUGAAGAAACUGCCAAGAUGAUUGUUCAAGAACAGAGUGUCAAGAGGUUGUCUGAAGUGAGAGCUCGCCUUUACGAGCUAUUGACCCAUCUUAUCCCACCAGAUGUCAUCUUAAAGGGUCUGCUGAAGCAGGUGGUGGCCAACUGUGAUGGUCAGCUGAAAGGCGAGGCCACAGUCUUGGCGGCACAGUACGAGCACAGGCUGCAGCUAGGCAGCAAAGCCAUCUACCACCUGGAGGCGUUUGUGGCCAAAGUCAUGGCCAUCUACAAGAACUUCCUUGAUGAGAGCAUCUCUGGAUUCUUCUAGCCUGUGACUGAAAUUCAGCUCUGGAAAGACAUAAAUGCGUUGUCCUUGUA